UUAUUCUGUCCCUCUUCCGGUUCUCGGGUGCAGGAGCGCCUCUGACGUCGAGGGAGUCGUUUUACUUUCUUGCAAAACUUCUAAAAGUUUGCUAGUAUUUCCAACCCACAACAUUUAUUCCUAACAUUUCAACUCGCUGUUAAUACUCUGAGCAGCAGUCCUGACCGACUGUUCGUGGUGUUCAGGAGUGAAGCAGCCGGUCUGAGUGUGGACUUUGCUCUGUGUUUGUUUACUGUAGGUGUGAGAAGUCUUGAAUAGACGCACAUUAUCAAACCUAACUGCACGGCUGGUUUCAGGCUUUAUUCAUAGACGACGAACAGGAUGUCGGCGGUUAAAAUAACCGAGGGAAGGGUGAGUGUGGGAAUGUGUAGCCAGUCGUUGUUUUACCGCCAGGCUCUUCCCUCAGCUGGAGAGCCGAAGCUGUGUGUUUUGCUGCUGCACGGGAUCCGAUUCUCCUCACAGAACUGGCUCAGUAUCGGCUCUCUCAACGCCCUGGCUGAGGCUGGAUACCGGGCCUUGGCUAUAGACCUACCAGGCCUGGGCGAGUCGAAGGCAGCAGAGGCCCCUGCAGUGGUGGGUGAGCCAGCCCCUGCGGAGUUUCUGAGGCAGGUGUGUGACGGCUUGAACACCGGGCCUGUAGUGGUGAUCAGCCCUUCUCUAAGUGGCAUGUAUUCGCUGCCAUUUCUCUUCCAGCACUCUGAACAGUUGAAAGCCUAUAUUCCUGUUGCUCCCAUCUGCACGGACAAGUUCAAGGCUGAACAGUACAAGGCUGUACAGGUCCCCACUCUUAUCGUGUAUGGAGAUCAGGACACUCAGUUAGGGGAAGUAUCACUAAACAACCUGAAGAAUCUGCCCAAUCACAAGGUGGUGGUGAUGCAGGGGGCCGGGCAUCCCUGUUACCUUGACGACCCAGUGACUUGGCAUAAAGUUGUUCUUGAGUUUUUGCACACGCUUUUGUAAUCGAAACACUCCUAACCACAUCACUUUUAACUGUGGGGUGAUUACACAGUGAUCCUAUAGGAUUUCUAUUAAUGAUGCAUGUAGUUUCAAUCCCUGCUUAAGUGAACACACAGACCCUUAUAACUAUCACCAAACUAACUGGAAGAGGGAGAAAGAAAUUGGCCAUCCAAUUUUGAGGCAGUGGUGGCUUAGCGGUUGAGGCUCUGGAUUACUGAUCGGAAGGUCGGAGGUUCAUACAGCUUCCACUGUUGGGCCCUUGAGCAAGACCCUUAACCCUCUUUGCUUCAGGGACACUGCAUCAUGGCUGACCCUGCACUCUGACCCCAACUUCCUAACAUGCUGGGGUGUGCGUCGAAAAUGCUGCGCUGUAAUGUAUAUGCGACCAAUAAAGUCUCAAUAUCAUCCGUCCACCUCAGCAAGGGCAAUUAUAGCUGUGGCAUUGUCACUUUCAACCCCACGAACAGAUGCUUCACUUCGGAGCUCCACCCCCGUUGAUAUUUUCUAAUGCACACAGUAUAAGAACACUUGAUUUCUUAAUUAUAGAUUAUAUCUGAUCAUGUUAUGUGUCACACAAAAAAAGAGAAUUUUAUUUACUUUAUCUGAACUCCAUUAUUAACAUAUGUUGUAUUUCAAUGUCAGGUUAUUUUUGUUUGUUUGAGGGCAGUUACACGGCCACAGCCAAAGCAAUUCCACAACAGCUCUAGAAAACAAUUGUUCAAUGCACUCGUCACGCUGUUAAUAAACACACAGUCCAGACUGUGAGAUUUUGAUAAUAAUAAAUCAUUUAUCGUAUGGCACAAUACAGUAUGUGAAUGAAAAGUACUACAUGUGAGAUAAUGUAGCGUGAACGAUUGUGUAUGAAGCACUGCUGUACAACACUAAAACUGUGAUCGUAUGUAAAAAAUAAAUAAAUAAAUAAAUAAACACAACACACUGACCUGAAGUGAAAAA